AUGCACCUUCCAGAGCCAUUUCACUUCCUCCUCCCCGACUUUAGCUCGCACUGUUCCUACCCACUUCGACUCAACAAGCACUGCGUCGCAGCUGCAGCUGCUUCAGAAGACUGGCUCAUCCGCCUCGCCCAGCUCCGCUCCCCACGCAACGGACGCAAGCUCAAGAAGUUCAUGGGUCUCAAGGCCGGAUACCUCACCGCCUUGUGCUACCCAGACUGCCCGCGGACGGAGCUGCGCGUCGUCUCCGACUACAUGAACUUCCUCUUCACGCUCGAUGACUGGAGCGACGAGUUCGCGGAGGCAGGCGUCAGGGGCCUGGAGCAGUGCGUUAUGGGCAUGCUCUACGAUCCGACCGUGAAGACGGACAAGGCUGCGGGGCGCCUUGCGAGGAGCUUCUGGCUGAGGAUGAUACGUACCGCCGGUCCCCGAGUGCAGCACCGCUUUAUCGUCGCGUUCGAGGAUUUCUUCCGGGCCGUCGAGCAGCAGUCACGGGACCGCGCCAAAGGCGUAAUGCCAGACCUCGAGUCGUACAUCGCGCUCCGUCGCGAUACGAGCGGAUGUAGACCUGUGUUCGUUCUCGCGGAAUACGCAGCCGGCAUCGAACUACCAGAUGAGGUAUUCGAGCACCCCAUCAUCCAGUCUAUGACCGAGGCGACGAACGACCUCGUCACCUGGUCGAACGACGUCUUCUCUUAUAACAAAGAGCAAGCGUUGGGAGACACGCACAACAUGAUAACUUUGCUCAUGGCGCAGCACGGGCUAUCCCUCCAGGGCGCUGUCGACUUCGUUGGCCAGCUUUGCGCCGCCUCCAUCACGCGCUUCGAGUCGGGUCGUACCACACUCCCGUCGUGGGGUCCGGACGUCGACUGUGACGUGCAGAAGUACGUUAUGGGGUUACAGGACUGGAUCGCCGGCUCGCUUCAUUGGAGCUUCGAGACGGAGCGGUACUUUGGUAAGCGGGGAAAGGAGGUCAGACAGGCUGGUGUCGUAAAAUUGUCGCCGAUGAAGGCGCCGAAGAAGGUUUAA